ACCGUGGGUGCUUCGGGGCCCGAGCACCCACGGAGAUUGCCGAGCACCCACGGAGAUUUAACCGCACACACGGAGAUUGCCGAGCACCCACGAAGAUUUAAACCGUUUAACCGCCAAUGUAGAGCGCAGCUGGCUUACGAAAUGGAGAGAUUUCUGAUAAAACCCCCCAAAAAAACAUCAAGCGAUGCUCAAACUUCCACAAGUGCCCAGUCAACUAACGGUAGGCCUAACGAAGAUAACCAAAGCAGUGAAGGUGUGCGGAAAAAAGGACGGUCAUUUCAGGCUAGUUGGAAGACGAAAUUCCCGUGGAUAGCAUAUGCCACCACCAAAGACAAGGUAUUUUGUGAAGUUUGCACAACUGCUAAAAAAAUGAAUGCUCCGCUUCCAUCAACAACACACGAUCAAGAAUCGUUCAAAGGUUUUGUACAGGAUGGCUUUUCCAGCUGGUCUAAAGCACUGGAACGAUUCAGAUCUCAUGAAAAGUCAAAUUUGCAUCGCAUUGCUGCUAGCAUUGUUGCUGCUGCUAAUGCAGGUGUUAAUGUUGCCGCUUCUAUUUCUGCUGGAAAACUAAAGCAGAUGUCUGAUGCCAGAAUAGCUUUGUUGGCUGUCCUAUCGUCUAUUCAAUAUCUCUCGUGUCAGGGAUUGGCCAUUCGAGGAAAAACAGACCAGGCUUCCAAUUUGAUACAGUUGCUAAACUUACGUGCAGAAGAUAUCCCGGAGUUACAGUCAUGGCUGGCUCGGAAGGAGAGCAAGUGGCUAUCUCAUGACAUCCUCAACGAGAUGACUGAAAUUAUGGCCCAUGAUGUGAUGAGAACGCUAAUUGGAGAAAUUAAGUCUGCUGAGUUUUUCUCUGUGAUUAUGGAUGAGACCGCCGAUAUUACGGUCAAAGAGCAGGUGUCUAUCUGCUUCCGUUUUGUGACUGAAGAUCUGGAACCAGAGGAACUUUUUCUUGGAUUUUAUCAGACAUCAAAAACGACAGCAGAAACCCUUUUUCAGCUUUUAAAAGACGUUUUGGUUAGAUUCUCACUGCCAGUCAGUAAAUGCAGAGGACAAUGCUAUGACGGUGCGUCAAAUGUGUCUGGCAUUAGAACAGGUCUACAGGCUCGCAUGCGGGAGCUGGAGCCCCGAGCACAGUACAUCCAUUGCACUGCUCAUGUUAUGAAUUUGGUUGUGCAUGAUGUCGCCCAAAACAUUCCACCAUGUCGGAACUUCAUGGUACUUAUUCGUGACAUGGUAACACUCAUCAGAAAUUCCCCAAAGCGACUCACCUGGUUCCAAGAGUUUCAAGGCAAAGACGCAUCAUCUUUGAAACCGUUAUGCCCGACGCGCUGGACCAUGACAACGGCCUCGUUACAAGCCAUUGCUUCCAACUACAGCGCGCUACUGGAAUUUCUGGAGGACCUGUCUCUGAACGAAAAAGGUGACGCAGGAGGUAAAGCCUACGGUUUUCUUUUGCACCUGCAGAAAUUUAGCACUUUUUUCUCUUUGAAACUCAUGCUGAAAUUCUUCUCUCGCAUGGAAACAGUCAAUGCUGCACUCCAAAAGAGGAGUUUGCACCUACAGAAAGCUAGGCAGAUGGUUGACACGCUCAGAGAAGACAUAAAGUGUCUUCGUGAAGAAGGAUUCCAAGGAUUUUGGGAAAACACAACUGCAGCAGCACAUGACUUGAAUUUGGAGAGCCCAGCUGUGCCAAGGCCAAGAAAAAUACCCCGCCGACUGGAAGAUGGAGGUUUGCCGCACUGCUUUCAAACACCAGAAACAAUGUACCGACAGCAAUUCUUUGAGAUCAUGGAUACAGCGUCAACAUGCCUGGACUGCAGGUUUAGUCCUUCUGUAUUCGAACGCAUGCAAGAUGUUGAGGAUUUUCUGAUCGGGAAGGGUGACUGCAAAAGCAUCAUGGAGUUCUAUAGGGAUGAUUUGGAUGAGAAAAGGCUCAGGCUGCAUCGUGAUAUGUGCAUUGACUUAGCAAAGCAACGAGGAGUUCGCCUAGCUUCUUUUCAAGAUGUAGUGGACUUCCUAAAAGGCAAUCAGGGAGAGCACCUGAGAAUCAUGUUGCCAGAGAUGACCAAACUAGUGAAACUCGCACUGACUGUCCCAGUAACAUCCUGCAGUUCAGAGAGGUCAUUUUCAGGCCUGCGGCGACUUAAAACUUAUUUGAGGUCCACGAUGGGGCAAGCAAGACUGACCCAUAUUGCUGUAUUGAACACUCACAAGGAUGUAUCAAGAAAUAGGAAUCUGGAUGUAAUCGCAGACGAAUUCAUCAAGCGCACUGCUGCGAGGAGUGCCACUUUCCUCAUAAAGAAGUAGCGUCAAUGAUCAUCUACCUGUGCAUCGAACCAUCCUGCCUGCCUCAACGACGACUCUUUUGCCUCUUCCUCGCCGGUACUUCUAUAUCUGACCUGCCUGCCGUGCAUCGAACCUGGACUGUGACUGUGACCAUCGGACUCCUCUACUGCCUUUCCCAUACUGGAUAUUGUUUUAUUUGUUUUUGAACUGCCUACCUGUUUACCGAACCUUUUCAGUAAAGAUUAUU